AUGGGUGACAUUCAGUUGGGUUUGGCCCGCAUCGCCGUCAGGAUGUUCGCCCGAGUCACGUUCCUACCUACAUUGGCCUACAAUGUGGCGAUGGAAAAGUUCACCAGACGAAAUUGGUGGGAUCGUAUCGACUCGACCGUGGUUUUGGGAGCCUUACCUUUUCGAGGCCAGACUACCAAAAGGAUCAUUUCCGAAGAACGAGUCAGAGGCGUCGUGUCCAUGAACGAGUCGUAUGAGUUGGCUUGGCUGUCUAAUCAGGAGGCUGAAUGGCAUAAACUAGGCGUGAAAUUUUUAUGUCUUCCUACCACGGACAUUUUCGAGGCCCCUUGUCAAGAGAAACUAGUACGGGGAGUGGAGUUCAUCAACGAGAUUGCCCCCAGUGGCGAUAGUGUCUAUGUGCAUUGUAAAGCCGGGCGAACGCGUAGUGCCACGCUCGUGGGAUGCUAUCUCAUGGCCAAACACAACUGGACGCCCGAACAAGCCGUGGAAUGCAUGAAACUAAAACGACCCCAUGUUCUACUCCACCACCAGCAAUGGCAAGCUUUACGCGAGUUUCACGCUGCCCAAGUCAAAUGAAUCCUCAGAUGUCCUUUCACCAGGAACAUCCAUCCACUUCCUUGUUAUGUACUCUCCAAUCGUGUUUCCUCUCUUUACUUGUGAGCUAAAUAGGCUUUAGGAUCAAUACAUUCAACAUCCAUGUCA